GAAGACGAGAAACUGGCCGCCUCCUUGCUGGACGGGAAGUUCCCGCGGAGCACCUCCAUGACGGACACGGUCCGGGAAGGCCACGGGAUCCCCCCUCCCCCGCAGACCGCCCCUCCCCCGCCGCCCUCCCCCUAUUACUUCGACACCGGCCCCCCUCCGUCCUUCUCGCCGCCGCCGCCGCCGGGCCGGGCCUACGACACCAUCAGGUCCAGCUUCAAGCCGGGCUUAGAAGCCAAACUGCACGGGCUGCCGCAGGUGCUGAGCGCGGCCGAGAUGUACGACCAGGCCAGGGGCUCCAUGCCCUACCCCGAGCGGCAGAAGAGGGCCCGCUCCAUGAUCAUCCUCCAGGAUUCCUCCCACCUCCCCGUGGAACCCACCGAGAUCCCGCGGCCCGGCCCGGCGGCGACGCCUCCGGAGAAGCUCAAGAGGAAGGGCCGGGUCAUCGACAACCCCUACGCCAACAUGGGCCAGUUCAACGUCAGCCUCUUCGCCCCCACCAAGCCGCAGAGGAAGAAGAGCCCCCUGGUCAAGCAGCUCCAGGUGGAGGACGCCCAGGAACGGGCGGCCUUGGCCAUCACCGGCGGCUACUCCUCCCGGGAGCCGUCGCCCACGCGCCGGAGCCACCGCCUGGACUACCAGCACCACCCCGGCAUCGCUCAGGUGGAAGCCGCCGGCCUCCCCUUCGCCACCGCCAUCGCCGCCGGCGUCAUGAAGGACCGGGACCGGCGGCUGGACGAGAGGAGGAAAUCCACGGUGUUCCUGUCGGUGGGAGCCAUCGAGGGGCCGGCGCCGGGCGGCGGCGAGAUGCCGUCGCUGCAGCAGUCGCGCUCCAUCGACGAGCGGCUCCUGGGCAGCCGGGACGUCCUCCUGCCGUCGCCCGUGUCAGCUUUAAAGCCAUUAAUCAGCAGCUCCUCCUCGACCUUCAUCCACCCCCUGACGGGAAAGCCCCUGGACCCCAACUCGCCCCUGGCGCUGGCGCUGGCCGCAAGGGAACGGGCGCUGUCCACUCAAGUCCCAUCCCGGUCGCCCACCCCGAUCCACAGCCCCGACUCGGACAGAGCCGCGCCCCUGUUUGUGGACAUCCAAACCAAAGAACCGGACAGGGGGGACUUGGAGAGCUUGGUGUCCCCCGCCUACUCCCCCGGUGGGAAGGCGGCGAUGGCGGCCGACGCCGGCGCUCUGACCCCCACCAAGAGCCCCUGGGCGACUCCAACCACCCUGCGGAAGGAGCCCGAGGUGCGAGCGGAGCUGCCGGGCAAGGAGGAGAAGAAACCCGAGGACAAGAAGUCCAUGAUCAUCAGCAUCGUGGACACGUCGCAGCAGAAGACCGCCGGCCUCAUCAUGGUCCACGCCACCAGUAACGGCCAAGACGAGAUAGGCCUGGAGAUCAAAGAGGAGAGCCCGGCCGUGCCCGAGGUCUGCGCCGAGCCGGCCGAGUCCCCCAAGGCCGAGCCCCAGCCCAGCCCCGUGGGGAAGCCGCCGGCCAGCCCGGCCUCGGAGAAGGCGCUGGGCCAGGGCAGCUCGGAGGAGGAGGUGGAGCCCUACACGGUGACCCUCCCGCCGGCCCAGCUGUCCUCCAGCGACGAGGAGACCCGCGAGGAGCUGGCCAAGAUCGGGCUGGUGCCGCCCCCGGACGAAUUCGCCAACGGGGUGCUGGUGACCACCCCCGGCACCCCCGUGAGCCAGCUGGCCGCGCCCGGCACGCCGUCCCUGCCAGCGGCAGCAGUAGCACCUUCUCCCCCCGGCGCGACACCCUCAGGGAAGCCCUCGGACGCCCCCGCGGCCCCGGAGUCGGCGGCGGACUCGGGAGUGGAAGAGGUGGACACCAGGAGCUCCAGCGACCACCACCUGGAGACCACGAGCACCAUCUCCACGGUCUCCAGCAUGUCCACGCUGUCCUCGGAGAGCGGCGAGCCCACCGACACCUACACGUCCUUCGCCGACGGCCAAACUUUUCUACUCGAGAAGCCACCAGUGCCUCCAAAGCCCAAACUCAAGUCCCAGCUCAGCAAGGGGCCGGUUACUUUCAGGGACCCACUUUUGAAGCAGUCUUCGGACAGCGAGCUCAUCUCCCAGCACCACGCGGCCACGCUGGCGGCCACCAGCGCGGCCCGGCCACGCUACCUCUUUCAGAGAAGGUCCAAGCUAUGGGGGGACCCCAUGGAGAGCAGGCCCGGCCACGGGGCCGAAGAGGACAAACCAACUGUGAUCAGCGAGCUGAGCUCCCGCCUCCAGCAGCUCAACAAGGACACGCGCUCCUUGGGCGAGGAACCGGCCGGCUCCACCCUGGAUCCCGGCAAGAAGUCGCCGGUGGUGGCCGCACGGUAAGAGCCGAGCGUGGCCGG